AACUAACCGGUACCGUAAAAUUUAUAAAACCAACAUAAUAUACGGGCUUAAGUUGAUUUUGCCUCGAUUGUUCUUGCAAAACUCUUGGAUAAGCGAAUUAUAUCUUUAUAAACCUUUACAAAAAGUACCCGGGUUACAGCAGCUUCUCUGUGAAGGCACAAUGGGGGCUUACAAAUAUCUUGAAGAGUUAUACAAAAAAAAACAAAGUGAUUUGCUUCGAUUUUUAUUUCGUAUUCGUUGCUGGCAGCUUCGGCAUUUAAAUGCUAUUCACAGAGCUUCCAGGCCAACACGACCUGACAAAGCACGUCGACUUGGAUACAAAGCCAAGCAGGGUUUUGUUAUAUACAGGGUCAGGGUUCGUCGUGGUGGAAGAAAGAGGCCUGUUGCUAAAGGUAUCACAUAUGGUAAACCUAAGGGUGAGGGUGUUAACCAACUAAAGUUUCAAAGAAGUAUUCGAUCUGUUGCUGAGGAGCGUGCUGGAAGGUAUUGUGGUGGUCUUAGAGUAUUAAAUUCAUAUUGGAUUGCUCAAGACUCGACUUAUAAAUACUUCGAAGUUAUAAUGGUUGAUCCUGCCCAUAAGGCUGUGAGACGUGAUCCUCGUAUUAAUUGGAUUUGCAAAGCUGUACAUAAACACAGAGAACUUCGUGGACUUACUGCUGCUGGCAAAAAGAAUCGUGGUAUGCGUAAAGGUCAUGGUUAUAAUAAGGUUAUUGGUUCUUCUAGACGAGCCAACUGGAAAAAACACAACCUUGUAUCUCUUAGACGUUAUCGUUAAAAUCGUCUCACAUAA